AUGCCCUGGCGAAACCCGGACGCUUACGGCUCGCAACAAUACGCCGCCUUCGCUGACCCGAACGGCUUCAAUUUUACAUACGAUGUCGGCUCAGACAGUUUCAUGAGCCCGUAUGCGUUUCCUCAUAUGUCGCCCGAAUCCGCAUGGACGCCAGCCUCGCAGCAGUUUGCUACGUCGAAUCAAUCAGAUUCGUUGUCUCCACUCGAGAUUAACAACUUCACAUCUCCCAUUCAAGACCAAGACCUACAAUAUGCGCCAUCCGCGAAUGCCUCUUUGCAAUCUGAUGAGAAUCCUCACGCUGCUUUCACUUCUAUCCGCCACCCUUACUCAAAUCAACAGAAGCCAUCGGCACAAAUGGCCAAUUACAACAACCCGUCUCUCGGUCAUAAGCGCGACGCUUCGUUCCUGGAACCUGAAUCACCUCAAAACUUGAACGAGAAGACCAGUGAUUCACAGAAGCGCUUGUCUGUCUCCUCAACGUCUCCUCCAGCCGGACCCGUAAAAUCACGGCGAAGCUCAAGUGACGAAGACAAUACUCAGAUAUCUGACACCGCUGCCUCUCGUGUCCGUACAACAGACUCUGCCAAGGUCCGGCACAAUAUUGUGGAACGACGAUACCGCGAGAAUAUCAACGCACAGGUUGACGUGCUACGUGACAGCAUCGUUGCGACUGUCCACUCGAAAGAAGAGCAGCAAGGUGGCUCGGCGUCUCGUCUAGGAGCCGACGAGCUCAAACGACUCACCAAAGCUGCUGUCAUCGCAGCGGCCACUAAGCAAAUCAGGCGCGCAAGGACUGAGAACGAGCGUCUUUUGGACGAGCAUCGAUCCUUGCAGGCCCAGAUCCGAGAGCUCGAGGGUUUGGUGAAGUGUGGAGACUGUCCGCUUAUGAAGCUGACAGUCGAUCUGAGUUUGGAUAGUCCUUCCCAGCCCCCUUGA